AUGGUGAACAAAGUUAGAGACGGUGGUUGGAUUCCGAUAGUGAGGCAAUGGAGAGAAGGUGGAGCACAAAAUAAGGAAGCACAACAUGGCCUUUUCACUGUCUUUGUGGACAAUAUCCCGUCAACUAUGGAUGCUAAAGCUCUGUACAAACUCUUCAUCAAGUUCGGGAUUGUGAAGGAUACUUACAUCCCUUUCAAAAGAAGGAGAGUGACCAAUUCAAGAUUCGGGUUUGUGCGUUAUAACUGCAACAUAGCAGCAUCUGUCGCAAUCCAAAAAGGGAAUGUGCUUUUGGUGGAUGACUCUAUGCUAGAGGUCAAAAUGGCCGCUUAUGACAGAAAUAGCAGAAGUGAACAGAGUAAGAGAAAGCUUCAGCCUCCCAGAAGAUUCUCGGAUUCAAUUAAUUUCAAGGGUAAAGCUGCAUUUGUGGAUAUACUUAAUCAAGAUGCAUCUAAUAAGUAA